UUGAUAAACUGAUCACAAUGAAUACCGAUGCCUUGGCACUUCUUGGCCACACAAUGUGUGAACUAUCAAUGCGUCGACGCGACGCUAUUAGGCCAAAUUUAAACAAGGAUUAUAGCAGCCUUUGUGCAUCACAUGUGCCAGUAACGACUUACUUGUUUGGGGAUAACCUUCAAACACAACUAAAUGAUAUUAGGGCAUCGAACAAGAUCAGCAAGGCAACAGUGCCUCAAAGGUUUGAUAAGGUCAGGCAGUAUGGCCGCCCUCACUCUCAUGGUACCAACAAUUCCUCCUCACAGGGAAAACCAAGAAAGAACCAUUUUUUAUCCAACAAUCUGAAUUGGAAGAAACACCCACCAAGGUCGACAUACCCAUCGAAAAAGCCAUCAACCUUUCCAGUCAAGCAGCAACAAUACCAGUAAUGGCCAAUAGUGAAAGAAACAAAAAUAUCAUGACAAACUUACAGUCAGGUGCUACAAAAGAUUCAAAAAGAGAAGUCGGAGGGACUGCUUAUUAUACCAAAGUGGCCAACUCAAUCCUGGUGGCCAGUAGCAAUGAGAAUGCUGAUGCAGUCACCAAUCUUGCUACCACAAACACCAUCAACACUAAUUCUUCCCAGCAACCCAUUGGAGAAACAUCCUCUUCACGAGAAACUAGUGCUAGUAGUGUGUCACUUAUCAGGAAACAGUUCAAAGACCGAGGACUUUCGACAACAGCUGUGGAAGUCCUGGAAUCAGCAUGGAGAGCAGGCACACGGAAGCAAUAUGAAGGGCAUUUGGAAAGAUGGAGACAAUAUUGUUAUCAACGGCAUAUCAAUCCCUUUUCUCCCACUGUAGAAGAAGGGAUAAACUUCCUUGCGGAGUUGUUCAAAAAAGGGCUUGGGUACAGUGCACUAAAUACUGCAAGGAGUGCGCUAUCAUCGAUAGUAAGUUAUCAGAUAGUACUAGUUUUGGAACACACCCACUGGUUUGCAGAUUCCUUAAAGGAGUCUUCGAAAAUCGUCCAGCCUUACCAAGGUACACCAGAAUCUGGGAUGUACGAAUAGUGCUAGAAUACUUAAAAACCAUGCAGCCAAAUGAAAC